GUGUAUCAAUACAUGCAUGAAACCAUAACUGUUAAUGGCUGCCCCGAAUUCCGAGCCAGGGCCACUGCAAAGGCAACAGUUGCUGCUUUUGCUGCAAGCGAAGGCCAUUCACACCCGCGAGUGGUGGAGCUGCCAAAGACUGAUGAAGGCCUGGGCUUUAAUGUCAUGGGAGGAAAGGAACAAAAUUCACCUAUUUAUAUUUCUCGCAUCAUUCCUGGAGGAGUGGCAGAAAGGCAUGGAGGGCUCAAACGGGGGGACCAGCUGCUUUCGGUUAAUGGAGUGAGCGUGGAAGGAGAACACCACGAGAAGGCGGUGGAGCUGCUGAAGGCGGCCAAGGACAGCGUCAAGCUGGUGGUACGCUACACUCCCAAGGUGCUGGAGGAGAUGGAGGCUCGCUUCGAAAAACUGAGAACAGCCCGGCGCCGGCAACAGCAGCAAUUGCUCAUUCAGCAGCAGCAACAGCAGCAAACUACACAGCAAAACCAUAUGUCGUUGUUCUCAAGGAAAAAAAAGCCUCAAUCAAGAGUUCAGUAA